AUGGUCAAACUAUUUCUACGAAGGUUUCAUACCAAAUCACAAUUACACAAUAAACCGAACUACUCAAAAACACUACAUUUACCUAAAACCAACUUCGGACCAAAAAUACCACGAGAUGGGAAAAGAGAGCAAUUGAUAAAGCAAACUGGAGUAGAUUUAUAUAAAUGGCAACAAAAGGAAAGACAAUACAAUACACCAUUCAUUGUACAUGACGGACCACCUUAUGCAAAUGGAGACCUACAUAUUGGCCAUGCACUCAACAAGAUAUGUAAAGAUAUGAUAAACAGAUUUGAAUUAAUAUAUACUGAUAAAUUAAUUGAAUAUCAACCUGGUUGGGAUUGUCAUGGGUUACCAAUUGAAUUAAAAGUCGAAGGUAAAUUAAGUACCAAAGAAUUCAAAGAUCCAAUGGAAAUAAGAAAAGCAUGUAAAGAAUGGGCUAAAGAAUGGAUUGAAAAACAAAAAUUACAAUUUGGAGAAUUAGGAAUAAUGACUGAUUUUAAUAAACCUUAUGUGACCAUGAAUAAUGAAUAUGAAUAUAAACAAUUACUUGUGUUUAGGAAAUUGAUAGAGAAUGGAUUAUUAAGUCAACAAUUGAAACCAGUUUGGUGGGGCUGUGAAACUCAAACUGCUUUAGCUGAAGCUGAAUUGGAAUAUAAUGAUAAUCACAAAUCAGUUGCUGUUUAUGUUAAAUUUCCAGUUGUUGAUGAUACUUUGAAAAAUAAAUUGAAUGUUAGGGACAAAAAUUUAUAUUUAUUGAUUUGGACUAGUACUCCAUGGACAAUACCUGCAAACAAAGCAAUUUGUGUUAACGAAAACUUUACCUAUACAUUAAUAGAAAAAGAAAAUGAUGUAUUAGUGGUUGCCAAAUCAUUAGUUGAGAAAAUUCUAAAACUAGACCAAGAUUAUAAACAUAUUGAUACUGAUAUACCUGGGAAAGAAUUAAUAAAUGUCAAAUAUAUUAACCCCGCAGCUGAAGAUGGGAUCAAAAAGCCAGUACUACAUGGAGAUCAUGUAGUAGAAUCUACAGGUACGGGAUUAGUUCAUACAGCUCCAGCUCAUGGAGGUGAUGAUUAUUUAACAGCAAAACAGAAUAACAUUAAUAUAGAAUCGUCAUUUAUAGAUAAUCAUGGAAAAUAUAUUGUUGAUCAAUUACCUAAAGGAUUUCAAAAAUUAGGUCCAUUAAAAGUAAAUGAAAUCAGAACUAAUAUGUUAUGUGUUGAAUUAUUAAAACAACAAGAUAUGAUAUUCCAUUUAAAUAAAAAAUUCACUCAUUCUUAUCCAUAUGAUUGGAGAUCAAAAACUCCAGUGAUACAAAGAGCUACUCCUCAAUGGUUUGUAAAUGUUGAAAAAAUAAAACCCGUUGCUUUGAAAGCUAUCAGUAAAGCUAAUUUUUAUCCUAAAUCUGGUUAUAAUAGAUUGAGUUCAUUUAUUGAAAAUCGUAAUGAGUGGUGUAUAUCUAGACAAAGAAGUUGGGGAGUUCCUUUACCAAUAAUUUACAAGAAAAAAUCUAAUGAACCUGUGUUGCAAUUGGAAGUCAUUGAUCAUAUAAUUGAUAAAAUGAAAGAAUUUGGUACUGAUCAAUGGUUUAGCAAAGAAGAUGACAUAAGUAGAUGGAUACCCAAUGGUAUGAAAGGAACGGAAUAUUACAAAGGCCAAGACACUAUGGAUGUGUGGUUUGAUUCCGGAACAUCUUGGACUACGCUACGUGAUACAGUUGAAGAAUGUAAUGAUUCCGAAACACCAUUGGCUGAUGUUUAUUUAGAAGGAAGUGAUCAACAUAGAGGUUGGUUUCAAUCUUCAUUAUUAAAUAAAGUCAUUGCAUCUGGUGAUGAUGGACAUGAUUUCAAAGCUGUAGCUCCUUUCAAAAAUGCAAUUACUCAUGGUUUUAUCACUGAUGGGAAAGGUCAAAAAAUGUCAAAAUCAAAGGGAAAUAUUUUCUCUCCAAAGCAAGCAAUGGAUGGGAAUAAGAAACCAUUAACUCCAUAUUUGGGAACCGAUGGAUUAAGAUUAUGGGUUGCAUCAUCAAAUUAUAAACAAGAUGUUAGUUUUAAUCCUGAGGUUUUAACAAGAGUAAGUGACGUUCAUAAGAAAUAUAGACUAACAUUCAAAUACUUACUUGGUAAUUUGGUUGAAUAUCAAGGUCCAAUAGAAUAUGAUCAAUUAUCUGUAUUAGAUAAAUAUGUCUUAAACAGUUUAUAUGAAUUACAAGAAUCAUGUAUUGAAAAUUAUAAAGAAUACAAUUUUUCAAGGGUUAUAAGUUCUAUUAAUUUACAUGUCAAUUCAAUACUUAGUGCAAUAUAUUUUGAUGUUAGUAAAGAUUGUUUAUAUACUGAUUCAAUUGACUCUGUAAGAAGGAAAUCAAUUCAAACUGUAUUGAAUGAAAUUUUAAAAACUUAUAUUGGAAUAUUGGCUCCUAUACAACCUUUAUUAGUACAAGAAGUUUGGGAUGAAUAUAAAACCAUUAUAAAAUCCGACAUUGAUUCGCCAUUUAAAUUAAAUUGGGAUUUCUAUUCAUUACCAAAGAAAUACAAAGCUAAUAUUAAUGAGAUGACGGCAUUAUUCAAAUUAAGAGAUGAAAUUUAUAAAGAUAUAGAAUUAUUAAAACAAAAUAAAUUUUUCACAAAUAAAUUAGAAUUAGAAAUACAAUUAUCAAAUCCAUCAGGUAAUUCAAAAUUAUUUAAGUUUUUAGAAAAAAAUAAAUCGUUGUUAGAUGAUAUAUUUUUGGUUUCAAAAGUUUCAUUAAUUGAUGAAAACUUAAAGCAAACAUUUAAUGUGAAUGGAGAAGAGAUUGGUGUCACUAUAAGAAAAUCAGACGAUCAGAAAUGCUUGCGUUGUUGGAAAUUUACAGCAAAGGAGCCAGAUACCUUAUGCAAUAAAUGUGAAAACGUUGUAAAUAAUGAUAAUGUUAAUAUGUAA